AUGGCUGGAGUUGGAGGUGUUGUUCAGGCUUCGCAUUCUGGUUCAAGCCCUCCAAUGGGUAUUUCGGAUGUCACAGAUUCCGGAGCUUUUGCAAAUAUUGAUGUCUUAGAUCCCAAUUAUAAGCUGCGUAGCAUUGAUAAUUUUCAUGUAGAGAUAUUGCUAGAUAGUACCAAAUGUUAUGGAUUAAGAAUUGGUGAAGUACCUAUCUUUACGACUGCUAAUCUCGGUUACUAUUUUACUUAUGGUGGUCCUGGGGAAAUUCUUGUGGAAUCUGAUAUUUGCAUGUAUAAUCUUUAA